AUGAGUUGUACCUGGAGCAAUUUUGAAGAACACCUUCGGAAAUACUUAUCAAACAAUGAUGAGCAAAUUGUUGAAAUAUUGAAAAGAAAGUUUUUCCAGACGACACAUGAAUUUCAGAAAACGGAAGCCUCCAAGACAGUACUAGAUAAAUGUAUUGCCGAAGCUGCAUCGAAUCCAGACAGAAUAUAUGUCAUUCUGAAUGACUUGAAAGCCACCUUCAAGCUAAAUGCACAGAAAACUGACAAAAAGCACCAUCCAGGUGUCACUAAACGUCGUGUAGAAAUUAAGACACUACAUCACGCAAGUUCACAUACCAAACCACAGGAUUCUUCCGAUAGUUGUACAGAUCACACCUCACCAAAACAUUCAUCUCUACCUUUGAACAGUGUUGAUGUUGGUAAUGAUGACGAUGAUGUGAUAAUCGUAGACUCGCCAGAAUCCCCAGCCACUGUGCAACCACCCUCAAAGGUUGAUCAACUUUCUCAUCAACCAAAGAGUCCAGCAACUCCGUCAAUAAAUGAAAAACAAAGCAGUAAAUCCACUGAUGGAAAUGAUACAGAUAGUAGUGAUGUUCAAAAUGAUCAUAGAUACAGAAUGAUAGCUCGUCUAGAACACCUCCUUGUCCGUCUAUCUCAGUGUAUUCGAGAACUUGAAGAAAAAGAACUGGAUUUCAAUGAAUUAGAUUCAUCCAAUUCUGCAUAUUUGAAAGUAGAUAUUCUAAAGCGUCAGUAUUUAAAAGCAUGGCGUCGUCUUUGUGAAAUACGUAAUGUUGCUCGAAUAUCUGGGAGAAUAUUACGCCGAAAGUUUACUUACAGUGGAUGUCAAUAUCCAAAAGUGAAUGAGAAAAUUGAGGAGAUUGUAAAUAAGAAGAAAUUAUUUCCUGAUUUUUCUGAUGUGUAUCAGAUAGUCUCAUCUGUAAACAAAGAAGAGAAUUUAAAGUUAACUGGGUCAGUUGUUAAAUCUUUGGCCCGUGAAGUAUUUGUCGAUGUUGGACAUCUGUUAAAGCAACGACGUCAAGAUGAUUUGAAACGUGAUUUCGGAUGCCAUUUAACCGAUGAUAUAUGUGAUGACGAUGAUCCAACUUACUCAAGUCGAGAACUACGAAGAAGGCUAACUGAAAAUAAACGUCUUGGUGAUACCAAUUUGAAUAAGGUAUUCAAACAUUUUAUUGAUCUGCAACAUACUGUUCAAAGUGUUGUCUGUAAAAACGAAGCUAUCAGUGAUGUCAGUCGUCAGCGUCGACCGUUAGAUCUGAGCUGUAAAACAGCAUCAACAUCCAGUGAAAUCUAUACAUCAAAAGAAGCGAUUAACCCGUCGAAAAAUCAUAAAUCUGAGGAUUCUCCAACUACAUCUGAUGAUGAAGUUUUCACUUUAAGUUCAGACUCAGAUGAAGAGACAGAAAGAAACCUACUAGUUCUCCUGAAGUUGUCACUUCUUCAUCACUUCCAGCUGGUAAAGAAAUAG